AUGACAUCAUCACAGAACGGUAGUCUAUCAAGAUUAGGAAUUUCCAGAUCAGACGGCUGUGAUUGGAUUCCUUACUUGGUUGGGCAGGAUUUUGAAACGGAAAUGGAAAAAUUUGGCAUGCGCAAGUGUGAGGGCCCACCCAAUACCUCAAAUGCCACCACCGCCCACUUCUUCUGUGGGGUCGACAUCAUGGGACGCGUGUCGCUAGCAAAUGAAGUUUAUGGUGAUUUAGAUUUUACUUUUGGUGGACCCUCAUCAUCUAAGAUACCCCACAUCUGA